UAUAAUGAGAAAAGAAAUAUGUAAAAAUAGUUUUGUUCUAUGUUCAACUAUGUUCAACUAUAUUCUUUCUCUUCUAAAAUAAAUUUUAUUCUUUCUAAAUUCCUUUUAAAAUAAAUUUGUCUCAUUGCAUUAUCGUAGAAAAAAACUCAUCUCAUAUUAUUACAAUAUUAUUAUAUUGUAGAUCCGCGCACAUACUCAGGACAAAACUUUGAUAACAAUUGAAUAUGUAAUAAAAAAGUAAUGUAAUACAAUUAUGCAACAUAUCCCACGUUGCAUAAGUUAUUGGUACAUUUAUAGGAAAUAUCAUUGCCGCAAGGCAGGCAGCAAUAAGGUCGAAUAGCAGAAAUUCAUGGUUUUUUUUUUUUCGAGAGAGAUAAAAAUUUUUAAUUUCUGACAAUGUCUUAUGUAAGUUUAUCCUCUCGUUGAGACUUAUCUGAAAAGAAUUGUAUUAGGCAGUUUGCACCAAAUCUUGCUACCCAAUUACUGCUACUGAUAUGUUCUUAGAUAUGUUUGCGUAACGCAAUUGUUCACACUUCUAUAAAUUAUAAAAUUAAAAUCUAGAUUAUCCUCGAGUUUCCUCGAAUCUGCAAAGUUUCGUCUUAUCCUGAAUUACUUAAUUAUUAUCAUUGCAUUCAUUGAAGUAAUUCACAUCUUUAGUCUUCAAUCAGAUAUUUUAAUUUUCGGAAUCUUAUAUUUGUUAAAGAUGUUAAGACCCCUUUCCCCUUACUUUUAAGGGAAAAAUAUCAACGCAUUUAUCGCGAUUAGAUGAAAUAUUUCAUCACUUGUCUCCCGCUCGCUCGUUACGAAGAACGAAAUUCUGUAAACGAGAAAGUUCUGAUGUAACUCGCUCCCAUUGGAUGGUCACUAAUUAGACGAUUGUGUAACGGCGCGCGUUCGCACCUGCGGGCAUCGAUCAGAGGAAUCUCACGGCGAGUGACGACGAGUGUAACACAGAGAUAAUAAUCUCGCCCAUCUAUCCACGCUCGACUAUUAAAGCGAUUCAGCGACGCGCGGCGUUAAUUGGAGAGUGGAAAAGGAAAUAUCUCUUUCCGCGUGGCGUCUUUAUCAUGCUUACGAAGAAGCGGCUAACGCGAUUACUUCCAGAACACGAGCGUUUUGCAUUCUACAAAUGACGUGAUUUGUAAAAUUCGUGCAAAUUAUCUAAAGGGAAAGUGAAAAUACAUUGCAUCGGAUUGCGAUCAUCUUGACAACGCGUUAUGAGGAUUGUUUCGGCAUAUACCGGAUGAGCCAUUGCGUUAAUUAGAACAGCCGUGAGAUAAAUUUUAGAUGCCGGCGCGAUUAAUAAAAAACGUGAUUGCGAGGAGAACAAAACUCUCGGCUUCGUGGCCGCCAUGGAAAGUCGCGGAAGAAAGCUCGACCAGCAGCGGCAUUGAGACGUUGACAAGACCUCAUGCUGUUUAAUUACUUCCUCGACUUUGAAAAAAAAAAAAAAAAAAAAAAAAGACACGAGAUGCUGCGUUUCUUUCUGAAUCAACAGCGCGUGUAAUACGUCGUUAAAUAUAUCGUGCAAAUAAGUCAGGGAAUUAUGUGCAACAUAACAGAUUCAGAAUGUCAUUGAAAUUGUGGCUUAAAAAUAGACUUCGGAUUAAAUUAUAAAUAAAAUAGAGUGGUUCGGACAGACGAAACCGUUAUGCUUCAAGACUCAAACCGCAAGAUCCUCGCGUAAUCUUCCGGUCAACGAAAAACGCGGGAGACGAAAGAAAGAAAGAAAGAAAGAAAAAAAGAGAAAAGACCUUUUGCUUUCUGCGACGCGAGGAGCAUUUUGUACGUGGCGUUAUUAUUCUCAUUCCGCGCACGUGUUGUCAUCCUAAGUCCUGCCGCCAGGGACAAUGCCAUUGCCAUAGUGAAACAGUGAAAGUAUGGUCAUUUCGCCCUCGUUGUCGCGCGCACCUCUUCUGCUCCGGUCCCACUCGUGCGCUCGCACGCACGCAUGCACGCAAUGCACAGACGACACACGCAUCGACAUUUCGCACUAUCGCGAUAGUCCCGUUUUGAAUGCCGCGUCUCUCAAGCCACUCUCCACCUGCAACGCUCAGUGAAAUUACUUCUGCACAUUUCUUGAAGAUGAAAGCGCGAUGCGGAUUCUCCUAGGGAGCAUCAUUUGCCUUCUGUCAGCGGCUAAUGCGAGGACCGCGAUAAUGCCGCCACCGUGGGCCGAUCCCUCGAGCAACCCCUGUGCCGCGCAACCACGAGGCUGGCAAUUAUUAUACUGGCCAUCCGAUGGAAAAUGCUACAAAAUAUUCCAGAUCGGCGCCCCAUGUCCGGAAACUAUGGAAUUGGGUCCCGCGGCCGGUAGCGGUGGAACAAUUGCGGAAUGCCGAUGUCCCCCGGGAACCGCGCAAUCGCCUAGGGACGCAUUGUGCCAUCCGAUAUUCACGAGAGCAUCCUGCUUCAAGGGUCAAUUCUUUGCACCUGUACCCGACGUGCCCGAUAAAUUAGGCACGAAACCACGAUGGGGAGUCUGUCGUAAUCCUGAGAUUUGCAAUGAACAAGGCGAAAUCUACUGGCCUAGAGAUGGCAAAUGCUAUCCGAAGCUUAGCAGAGGUCCAUGUCCGCGUGGCGAGCUUCUCGUCAUAGGCGAAGACGGAUUAGCGACCUGUUCGUGUUCAACGAGUGGCGAAUUGAGUAGAUAUCAUUGGAUAGGAAACGGCGGUGGUUGCCACGAACACUACACCAAAGGUCCCUGCGCGGAGCCGGGAGAAUUGUUUCUGCCAGGUGGGACCUGUGGUUGUCAUCCUCAAUUACCUCACUAUUACGAACCGAGCGGAAUGUGUUAUCAGUUAGGCGGCGUUGGUCCGUGUCCGCAAGGACAUCAUUUUGUGGUGACAAUGGAUGGCAGAUUAUCACAGGAGGAUAUUGUACGAGCUAAAUGCGUUUGCAAAUCGGGCCAUGCAUUGUACAAAGAUGGCAUCUGCUAUCGGUUACACACGAGGGGACCCUGCGAGAGCGGUUACAUGCUGAUAAAUUCGUCAACUUGUGUUCCCGUGCCAUGUAAACGCGGUAGAUUGUACUUUCCUCAGGAGAAAACCUGCUACAAGCUCGGUACAAGAGGACCGUGUCCGAACGGACAAAUAGUGUUGUACGAUUACAACGUGAGACCAUCCCUUGAUGGGAUCAGUUAUAAUGGCGUGUGCGGUUGUACCAACAUUAUGAGAGACGCCGGCAAAUGUUUGGAGGAUGAUAGCGAUGAUUGUGAGAGCAUACCGGGUAUGGUGAUGAUCAAGAAAACCUGUUACAAACUGUACACACAGGGCCCGUGUACCGCAGGAGAAUGGUUGGUCGCUCAGAGGACACCAAGGAAUGGUCGCCUAUGGCGACAGGAAGAACCGCGAGCGAAGGCCAGAUGUGAGUGCCGACCUGGUUACAAAAGAAUCAUCCAGAACUCUGAAGAGUUGGAAAACAACAAUCUGAUCUCGCCGAACAGUUGCCAGCCACCCGCGGUGAGCUUGGCAAAGUUUCUCAAUGAUAACGUCAAAUCAGUGGUGAUCUGAAUAAUUCAAUAACUCAUACAAUUCGCGUUAUGCGGCAUUUAUAAUAUUCGACAAAUUACAUUCUUUUAUUUAGUGAAGAAUGUACGCGGUGUGUCAAACUUUUCAGUUAAGAGAAUGACUGAUUUAACAAUUAAUUUAAGUUUGUAUAUAAAGUUAUAAGAAUUAUUUUUAAUAAUUUUAUCUUAUAUGGCUUUAUUUAUUGUGUUCUCUCUUAAGCAUUGUAAAUAUCGUUUGUGACUUACAAAAGCUUCUCAUAAGAAAUAUGUGCCAAUUUAUCUAGAAAUAUCGAAAAUUGUAAAUAAAUACAGAUUUACUCACUCGUUUUUAUGCUGUAA